UUUAGCUUUUUCUGUAGGCUGUGUUAGCUGAUGUGCAGUUUUUCCCUCUACUUGAAGAAAAAGCAGAGCACCUGCUGGUUUGGGUCAAAAACAAAAUGCAGCUGUAUUUAGGCGGUAUAUUACAGGAUACAAAAAGUAAAUCUACAGCUCUUCCUAGCUGCAAAAUUCAAAAUAAUCAUGUUUUACACUUUUUAUACGGAAAAAUGAAUCGCUUACACAUAUUUGGAAGACGAAGCCAUUUUGUAAUGCCAGUGACAGCCACUUAUUCAGUUACAUAUGUAAAAUUCCUUCUUGCAAUAAGUAAUGAUAGCUUUUAAUCUCAAGGACACUGAUAUUAGUUGGUAUAUCAUGAUGCAGGCAAGCUGCCACUACCUGUUCUACAAAUCUUGUCUUCAUAUGCUGCUUGCACAUGGAUUACCAAGGAAACAAUCUUAGUGAUUUCUUUCAAGCUAAUGGGCAUUUGGUACUUAAAAGAGUGGACAACAACUAUAAACUGCGGUCCUUCACUGAAAAGGAGAUAGAGCACAUUACAGACAGAUAUAGCACUUCGCUUGGUAGUGGCUUGUUCGGUGAUGUCUACAAAGGAAGAUUAGACGAUCGACGUCCAGUCGCAGUAAAGAGGUACAAAAAUGGAACCAAGAAAGAGGAGUUUGCCAAGGAGGUGAUAGUGCAUUCCCAGAUAAACCACAAGAAUGUUGUCAGAUUGUUAGGCUGCUGCACGGAGGAAGAUGCCCUUAUGAUUGUUAUGGAGUUUGUCUGUAAUGGAAACCUCUACAACAUCCUUCACUGUAGCAAUGCUGAUGGUCCUAUACUCUUCCCUUUGGACAAACGUUUGGACAUCGCCAUUGAAUCAGCUGAAGCACUAUCAUGCAUGCAUUCAAUGUACAGUCCUGUCCUUCAUGGUGAUAUUAAACCUGCCAAUAUACUGUUGGAUGAAAAGUACUUGCCAAAGCUAUCUGAUUUCGGAAUAGCAAGGCUGCUUUCUACUCAUGAGGCCCAGCGUACCAAAACUGUUAUUGGUUGCAUAGGUUAUGUAGACCCUUUGUUUUGUCAGAGUGGGAUUCUAACUACAAAGAGUGAUGUAUACAGUUUUGGAGUUGUUCUAUUGGAAAUGAUUACCCGAAAGAAAGCGACGGACGGCGCUACUAGUCUUACUCAAUGUUUCGCCGAGGCAGUGGGAAGAGGGAAGAAGGUGAGACAACUGUUUGAUGCGGAAAUUACCUAUGACAAGAAGAAGAUGAAAUUGGUCGAAGAAAUUGUGAAGCUAGCAGUUACAUGCUUGAGACUGGAUGAUAAAAUGCGUCCGACAAUGGUUGAGGUAGCAGAUAGACUUAGGAGGAUUAGAAAAGCUCUCCCGAAGCACAAGGGUGAAAGCUCUACAGGCUCCCCCUAUGCGGACAUCAAUAAUUGGCACAUAAGAAGAGGAAAGGCACAGGAUGUACCAACUAUUUCCCUUGAUGAAAUGAAGAAAAUAACAAGGAACUUCAGUAAUGGUGCUCUAAUAGGAGAGAGUUCACAAGGCAGAGUUUUCUUCAAAGUGUUAAAAUAUGGACCGGAAUCUGCAUUCAAGUCUUCUCAAGAAAUUGAUUUAAAGGUUGAAGCAAUUCGAGACUGAAACACGAGAACGUUGUCCAACAACUUCUCGGAUAUUGGGUCGAAGGAGACGAAUAUGUUCUUGCAUAUGAGUAUACAUCGGGUGGCACCUUGCAUGAUAUCCUUCACAGCAAGGGUGAGGAAUUAUAUGUAAAUUUUUAGUUUGUUAUAAAAACAUGCAAUAUGCAGCGUACCUUUCUUUUAUUGAAGGGAAAAAUAGUAUGUCAAUUCAACACUAGCUAUGUAAGGAACAGAGCAACACUCAAAAGAACUCACCUUCUAUGAAACCUUCAAUUUUAAAAAACUUAGUUUGGUGUGUCUGGUAUGUGAUACGAGUGCCAUGUCUGCCGAUAUUCUUCUGGUUUAUGGUCACAGGUAAAAAGGGUGUCUGGGGAGCCAAGUCAAGGGCAGCUCUAUCAUGGAUGGAGCGAGUGAAGAUUGCCUUAAGUGCAGCAGAAGGGCUGGAGUUCCUCCAUCACAAGGAAGAGCCUCAGGUCACCCAUGGUAACAUCAUAUCCAGCAACAUACUUCUCUUUGACAACGACAUCGCAAAGGUUGGCAAUGUUGGUACCGCCAGUGUGCUGGUUCGUGAAGACAUAGGUAGCUGCCACAGUUUUAGACAGGGCCUUGACGCGGAUCGUAUGGAUGGUCUUUGGUUUCACCAAGAUGAUUACCAUGUCGAUGUAUAUGCUGCUACUGGGCAGUGCAACAAAAAGAGUGAUGUAUACGCCUUCGGGGCUGUGCUGCUGGAACUUUUAACUGGUCGUAAGGCAGUUGAUCAUACACUACCCCACGGCAGGCAGAGCCUCGUGACAUGGCUAUGCACCCUUGGUGAGAAGGGCCUUUGCAUCCAUUGCUACCAUGACCCCUUUUUAUUGGUAUGCCUUGAUUUAUAGGUGUAUAAUGUCUUAAUAAGGUGCAUUAGCUAAACUGUUGAUGACUUUGAUGCACAGGCAUACAUCAAUUCUAUGGAAGACUAUGAUGUUGAUGACUUUGAUGCACAGGCAUACAUCAAUUCUAUGAAAGACAAUGUGUUAA